GUAUUAAGGAAGUUCACAUGUAAAAUAUACACAGCAGUAACCAAUAUCGGCAGGGAGUACCAUAGAGCAGCAAUUUCACUUAAAAGCCACGUUUAACAGUGACUUGACCAUGACGGUUGUCUGUGCUGCCAUUCUGUGCGUGUCCAGUGUCGUGGGAGAAUGAGUCGGACUUGGGUCCUUGGGUGUGAUUUCUUCCUAUCUACAUUAUCUAAACAUGUGUUCAUCAUCGCUAUUCUAUCAUCAUUUCUAUUGUCAGGAAUAUGUACAGCAGAAAUCUGUGAUAAUGAGUUGACACCCGCUCAACUUAAAGCUGCCCUUCAUUACAAGUCGGUGCCAAGUCAACUUUACAAUGCUGGAAACUUCACACGGGAUUCGACAGCCAAAGAUAUCGUGGGCUGCAUCAUCAGCUGUUGUGAUCAACUAACCUGUGAUACUGUCUUAUACCACAACAACACAUGCUACCAUAUAAAGUGCAAUGCAUCAUGGGAAGGGGCAUGUGACCCCAUUACCAGUUCAGAUGAUAAAUUCAACAGUACUGUUUAUGUAGAGGUGCGGUCUGUAGAAUAUGUUACUCAAUCCCCACCAAAAGCUGAAGAGGGCAGGGGAGGGACAGCCUGUGAUCUUCAAACUCAUGCUGGUUGUCCAGAAAAUGAAGAAUGCAAGUUAAAUGAUCAGUUAGGGGCAGAAUGUCAGUGUAUACCUGGAUAUGCAAGAGACCUUGAAGGAAUUUGUAAAGCUUUGGAAGAUAAACCUACAAUGAUAUCAUGCGUGGUUGGGAUGACAGAAUCGUGUGGUAAAAACGAACGAUGUUAUGUCCCUGAUCAGAUGAAGACCAAUGCUGGUCUCUGUGUGUGUUUGGAUGGCUUCCACAGAGAUAACUCACGACAGUGCAUCAGUGACAAAGAAGAACCGUCACUUUGUGACAGCCAUAAAGAGAAUGAGUGUGGCGUUAAUGAGCGAUGUGAUGUUCCCGAUGGACUACCAACACACAUAGGCACAUGUGUGUGUGUGCUAGGAUACCAUCGUAACCAAGAUGAGCAAUGUGUCAUUGAUCCAGGGGAACCUGUUACUCCUGUGGCACCAGUGAUGACCACACUUGGACUUCCUCUAACUAAGAUGAAAACGUGCACCUACGGUAUGCCUGGCACCUGUCCUGAACACAUGAUCUGCUUCAUCCCGGAGGCCUCCAAGAAACGAACUGGUCUCUGUACCUGUGACACUGGCUACAAGAUGGAUCAGGAGGCUCAAUGUCACCUCAAAGAUGAGAGUGACGCAGUGACAGCUACUGUACCAUCAAUAGAAAACCACAUGGGAGGGAAAGUAGUCCCUAAGAAGCCAUCACCUACAGCUAUAGUACCACAAAUACAAGAACUGACCGUUUCUGCAGGAGACAAUAAAGUCAUCCGGCUGCCGAAGAACAAAGUCAGUCUGAGUGCUUUUGUGUUGGAAACCAAAGCCGAAGGUGAGACGUUUAGUUACGAAUGGACCCUGAUUACCUCCCCUGAGGGUGCCGAGACAGGAACAAUGGUCGGGAAAAACACAGAUACACUUAGUCUAACAAAGCUCAUAGCUGGCUUGUACUCCUUCAAGAUCAAAGUAACUGGAAAGAAUCGGGAGGGGUCAGAAAUGGUCAAUGUCACUGUUCUACCAGUUAUCAGGAAAAACCGUCCACCAGUUGCAAUUAUAAAACCAGCGAAACAAACCAUUAAAGUGCCAAACCUUGCCAUCCUGGACGGCUCAGUAAGUACAGAUGAUGAUAAGAUUACAAUGUACCACUGGGAAGAAGUGAGUGGACCAAUACAGGACCAACAGUUCAAAGACAACACAGCCAUUCUCAAACUCAAGAACUUAGCCCCAGGCAAAUACCAGUUCAAGUUGACAGUGACCGACUCAGAUGGAGCCAGGAACUCGACCGUUGCCAAUGUUACGGUCAUCAAAGAACUAGACUACCCUCCAAAAGCCAACGCCGGGUCAGAUAUUAUCAUCCGCCUCCCACAAAACACCGUGAAUCUUUGUGGAAACAUGAGCACCGAUGAUAAAGGAAUUGUAUCCUACGAGUGGAUUAAGUCAGCGGAUGAUAAACUAACAGCAGACAUGUCUGGUGUGAGGUCGGUCUGUCUAACACUAUCAAAUCUACAGGAGGGAGACUAUGCCUUUACUCUCAAGGUCACAGACACAGCUCAGCAAACCUCCUCCGCCGAUGUCAAUGUUUUUGUGAAAGCAGAGGUGAACAAGCCGCCCGUGGCAGUGACUGGGUUCCGUAAGACGGUGAAUCUUCCCCUUGACUACAUCGUGUUGGACGGCAGUAAGAGCUCUGACGACAAGGCUAUUACAAACUACCAAUGGAUGAUGAUCAACGGCCCUGCUGAUGUCAUGUUAGAGGACUCUACUAAAGCCAUUGCCAAGUUAAAGGGAAACAUUGCUGUGGGACAGUACCAUUUCACCCUCACAGUGGCCGACAAGGAAGAGCUCCACUCUACAGCUCAACUCUUCGUCAUUGUCGAGGAGAAUAUCAAUGAGCGACCUGUUGCUAAGGCAGGAAAAGAUCAGGUAGUUACACUUCCCCACAGCCUGGUCAGAAUAGACGGCUCCCGUUCCUCCGACGACAAGGGCAUUACAGACUACAAAUGGACUCGUAAUAGCAAGAGUCUGGCCGCGGGGGAUGUACUCAACGGAUCAGAUCAUCAGGCUGUUCUACAACUAACAAACCUGGUGGCGGGGCGCUUCAUCUUUACACUCAAGGUCACCGAUGAGGAAGGCCUGGAGAGCACCGACUCUGCUUCACUUGUGGUCAAGGCGGAUCCUCAUGCCGAUGAUGUCAUAGAACUCCUCAUUGAUGCAGAGAUAAGACAGUUCACUGAAGAAGACAAGGCAAAUCUAGAACAUGAGCUGACCUUAUUACUGCCGAAGUCCUCUAAGGGUGAUACGAUUGUACAGAUUGAGAGCUUGGAGAAGGAGACAAGUCAGGGCGUGGUGAGGGUGACAUUUUACGCCCUGACAGUGGGGAAGGACUACCGGUCAUUCCGGAGUGGUAUUGAGACACAAAAGCUGUUAAAACAGAAAAUUAAAGAUUCAGGGUCACACCUCCUCAACUUCCGUGUUUUGGCCAUCGAAACUGAGGUUUGUCAAAAUAACUGUUCAAACCAUGGCCACUGUGAUAUUAAAACAAGGAAGUGUGUGUGUGAGGCGUUCUGGAUGCAGGAUCUCUUUGUUGCCUAUUUUAUGGAUGGAGAGAGUAAUUGUAAUUGGAGUGUGCUGUAUGUGGUGAUUAUCACGUUUCUGGUCGUUGUCAGUCAGGCUGCCAUGGUCUGGGGCAUCGUCUGUUUCUGUAAAAAACGCAGGUGUAAGUGUAAAUGGAGGACAAAGAAAAGACAUAGGUACUCCCUGUUACAGGAGGUUGAUUAUAAAGACGAGAUGGAACUCUUACCUAAAGGAAAAAUCCAAAACAGCAGUGUGAUGAUAUCUGAGUCAGACUUUACUAGUGAUGAAGAAACUUUAUUUGUGAAUCAUAAAAAGACAAAUGGGUUUGUGCAGAAACCACUAAAUGGUAUUUCUAAACAACAUUUAAAGACAAAGUUAAAAACCUGAAACAAGGCAGUGAAUCACUCUACAUUAUAAUCAUACCUGGGUAGUUAAAAUUCAUUGUGACCUGAGACUAUUCCGGACUGAUGAAACCUUGUGAUCUUCAGAGGACAGAAAAAUUAUUAUCUAUUAUGAAAUCUACUACCAUUCCUGUCUACAAAACUUUUCCUGAGAGAGCGCUGACAUUCCAGGAUAUCAAAGUGAGGGUGGUCACACACAAAUUUCCAGUUGAAGUAAAUCCUCAUUUUGUACCAGCAGGAAGCCCAUGCCAGUUGAUCUCAUUCCAGAAUAUAAAGGCUCCUGGGAUUCCUGGCUGGUAUUAAAGUGUUCUCAAAUACAUUGUACUGUGGUCUUAUCUGAGAUUUCCCACGUGAAGUGGAUGGCUGGAGAUUUUCUGUCAUAACCAAUGUUUUAUUUAGGUGCGGCUCAUACAUUGAUCUUAAAUUUAUUCACCAUGAAAUGUUGGGUAGGAUCAUACACCAUGACUUGUCGGGUAGGAUCAUACACCAUGACUUGUCGGGUAGGAUCAUACACCAUGACUUGUUGGGUAGGAUCAUACAC